AUGUCAGAUAUUUUGUUAAAAAUUAUAAAAUUAUCUGAUAAAGUAUAAUUAUAAUUGAAAGCUCAUUUGAAAUAUGGAGAGAAGGGAGUCCAUCCUUUAUAAUAAUAAGAAUAUUAAAAGCUUCAGACAUUAUUGAAAUAUUAAUAAUGA